GGAUAAACCUCUGGCCUCGCCUCAGGGUUCUGUAAUUCUAUUUCUCUCGUUCGCACCCCAAAGCUUCACACUCCAAAAUCCACAACAAUGGCUUCCCUCUCAUCCAUAUUAUCGCCGCCGAAUCUCAUCCACAGCUCCACAAAACCCACCGAAACCCCACAUAAAUUAUCCAAUCAAUUUCUCCGACCGAUCUCGUUCCACCGCCGUCCUCCCCUCCUUCGACUUUCGUCGGUGCUUCAAACAUCCGCCGCCAAACACACCAUCAGACUCUUCGCCGUCGCCGAAGCGGCGGUCACCGCUCAGGAUCCCUCUUCGGCGGCCGCCAGGAGACUCUACAUUGGCAACAUACCCAGAAAUGUGGAUAACGAGCAGCUCACUCGGAUUGUCGAAGAACACGGGGCUGUGGAGAAGGCCGAGGUUAUGUAUGACAAAUACUCUGGAAGGAGCCGCAGAUUCGCCUUUGUUACCAUGAAAACAGUCGACGAUGCAAAUGCAGUAAUUGAGAAAUUGAAUGAGACAGAAGUUGAAGGGCGUACGAUUAAAGUCAACAUAACAGAAAAACCUUUGGUUACUACUACUUCAGUUGAUCUGUCACUUCUUCAGGCAGAGGAAUCCCAGUUCAUCGACAGUCCCUACAAAGUCUACGUAGGAAAUAUUUCGAGCACCGUUUCUACCGAAACACUAAAAAAAUUGUUCUCCGAGAAGGGUAAUGUUCUCAGUGCAAAGGUCUCUCGGGUUCCUGGUACCUCAAAAUCAAGUGGCUAUGGUUUUGUUACCUUCUCUUCAGAGGAGGAAGUUGAAACCGCCAUUUCAUCUUUUAACAACGCUUUGUUGGAAGGCCAAGCAAUCCGUGUAAACAAGGCUUAAUUUUGUAGGGUUAUUUUGUAAGAAAAUGUAUGGAAAUUGCUCUUCUGCCUAUUGUCAUAAUAUUGAUAGGGCAGCAUUUUCACUUAAUUUCUCUGUAUUAAUCAUUAAUGUAUAAUUUUGUUUAUUUUUCUGUUUAAGAUAAUACACGUGGCACUUUAUUGAUGAGAAA